AUGGCGAGCGCCUGUGUUCCCACUUUCGUACUCAUCUUGACCUCUAUUUUUGCCAUUUCAUUGGGUACUCCUCAAGGUGAAGGCGUACGGAAGGCAUACAUUGUUCACGUGGUCAAGUCCGCUAAACCCAGCCAUUUUACUUCACACCACAACUGGUAUGCUUCAAUGCUUCACCAGGUCUCGCAAUCAGAUCCGCAUGCAACAGAGUUGUUAUAUACCUAUGAUACUGUCUUGCAUGGCUUUGCUGCGAUGCUGAGCAGCGCAGAGGCUGAAGCCAUGGAGACUAUGGACGGGUGCUUAGCUAUAAUUCCGUCCUCUCUUCAUCAACUAGACACCACGCACUCACCUGAGUUCCUCGGCCUUGCCGGCCCCUCUGGAGUAUGGUCGAAUUACUCUACUUACGGCGAAGAUAUCAUCGUGGGCGUGAUUGAUUCAGGCUUAUGGCCUGAUAGCGAAAGCUUCAGUGAUACAGGCCUUGGACCCAUUCCCGCUAGAUGGAAAGGCAGUUGUGAAAUUGGGCAGCAGUUCAAUUCCUCCAACUGCAAUAAGAAGAUCAUUGGAGCUCGAUACUACUUCAAAGGCUACGAAAAGAAUUACAAUACUAGCAUUGAUCCAGUCUCGGAAUACAAAUCUGCUCGGGACAGUGGUGGGCAUGGGACACAUGUAGCUUCAAUUGUUGCGGGAGCUCCGGUGGAUGUUUCCAGUUGGUUUGGUAACGGAAAGGCCAGAGGGAUGGCCCCUCAAGCCAGGCUGGCCAUCUACAAAGCCUGCUGGAAAAAGGGUUGCGUGGACGCGGACACAACUGCUGCGAUAGAUCAAGCGAUUGCUGAUGGUGUCGACAUCAUUUCAAUCUCAAUCAGCUCACAAGAUGUGCCUUUCUACAAGAGCACAAGAGCCAUUGCAGUAUUCGGGGCAAUAAAAAAUGGUGUUCUUGUUUCUGCCUCCGGAGGAAACAAAGGACCGUUAUUAUCUUCACUGAGUAACGCAUUGCCGUGGAUUACGACAGUAGGCUUCAGCACCAUCAACAGAGAUUUCGCUGCUUUUGUACUACUGGGCAAUGGAGCGACAUACAGAGGCACCACCACCUACAAAGGAGCAGAUAAAAAAUUGCAUGGGCCGUUGUCUCUGGUUUAUGCUUCCUCUACCAACAGCUCAAGGCGUUGUCUUAAAGGAAGCCUCGAUCCCAAGAUGGUGAAGGGUAAGAUAGUGCUGUACGAUCAGUUAUUAGUCUCUAAGAAUCCAGGCGAGUCCAAUGCCAUGGAGAAAGGGAACGAAGUCGCCAGAGCUGGCGGUGUAGGAAUGAUUGUUGCAAAUGAAGUGCAUAUCGUAUCACAACACCGGAUUACCAAUCCUAAUAAACUGUCCUCUAAUAAUCUGCUUUCUAUGACCCUCAGUUUUAGAGAUGGUGAAGGAAUAAAAUCCUAUAUCAACAGUACGCUGAAUAAUGCCACGGCCGCAAUGAACAUAACAGGCUUGGCUUUUGUUGGGGAAGAAGUAACUGCACCCAUGGUCGCUGGGUUUUCUUCUCGGGGACCGAGUAUAGCGUAUCCACUUAUUCUGAAGCCUGAUAUGAUCGCUUCGGGUGUCAAAAUUUGGGCAGCCGUGGGAGAUGGUUACGAAUUUAAGUCAGGGACUUCAAUGGCUGCCCCUCACGUGAGCGGCGUUGCAGCGCUGAUAAAAGCCGUGCAUCCCAACUGGAGCCCUGCCGCCAUAAAAUCUGCUCUCAUGACGUCUUCUUACAUUGUUGACAACAAAGGGCAGCCCAUUAAGGAUUCAUAUACUAUGGAACCAGCCAACCCCUUUGCUAUGGGUGCAGGUCAUAUAGAUCCCGAAGCUGCGGUGGAUCCUGGGCUUGUCUACGAUAUGGAAGCCCGAGAUUACAUCAACUUUCUCUGCUCUCUCAACUACACCAAAAAACAAAUUGCUCUACUCACCAAUAAGCCCUGCCCCGACUCCAGUUUGGAAGCCACAGAUCUGAAUUAUCCCUCGUUUUCCGUGGUUUUUGAAUCAGGUAAUCAACCCGUUCAGGUGAAGAGCAGAACAGUCACGUACGUGGGCAGCACUCUGGAUGUUGAGUACAUAGUGACUGUAAAGAGCCCAAGUGGCGUCAAAAUAAGCGUGGAGCCACAGCAAUUGAAGUUCACAACACUGAACGAGCAAGCCAAGUACAGCGUGAAGUUUGAAAAUGAAGGGACAGCCAAGGAUGGCACAGUCGGAUUUGGAGAGAUAACGUGGAAUUCUAUCACCAGAGGGAAACAGGUUGUUCGAAGCCCAGUUGUCGUAGUUUUCCAAAGUUCCAUCUCGAUCCUAUCAUUGGACCAUGCAACUAGUACUACUAGUUAUUCUUUUGGUCUGCUGUAG